UCCUUCCCUAACUCUUCUUCCAAGCUUUCUCAAACCCUUCCCCUUACUCGUUGAACCCAUGACCACCAUUUCAUCUGCAAGAAAUUGGGCAAAGAAAAAUUUAGAUUGAACCUUGAAGGUGAUGAAGAUUAAUGGCGAAAUCUUGAAACUGAAAACACCAGUAAUAACGUUGGACGUAGUAAAAGACUACCCAGGUCAUGUUUUACUGGAAUCAGAAGCAGUGAAGAAGUUUGGUGUCAGAGCUAAGCCACUGAAACCAGAACAAGAACUGAAGCCAAACAAAAUAUAUUUCCUUGUUGAAUUGCCUUUGUUUCCUAAAGAAGAAAUUAGUAGAGUUCCAAGAAGAGUGAAAUCUGCUGUUCAGAUGAGUGCAAAGGGUCGACUCGAGUGUCUCAUGUUAACACGAAGAUCGGCUUCUGAUUUGUCGAUUUCGAAGCCGAAUAAUGGACCGAUUCAGUUGAAGAUGAAGUUGCCGAGGAGUUUAGUUCAGAAGCUGGUAGAAGAAGGGGAAGUAAAGAUGAAGGUAUGUGGGUCCACAAAAAUAAAGGUUAUUUUUUAAACUGAAAAGAAAAAGAAAAGAACACAAUUCAUGUCCUCACGCGCUCCAUUUGUAGUGAGACACAA